UGAACGACGUCUGAAGACACAACCUUCUUCUUCGUCGUCGCCCCCGCCGUCGGGCUUCCUCUUCUUCUUCUUCUUUCUGUAAAACCCUAGAGAGCUUCCUCAAUCAUGCUCCGACGAUGAACCACCGGUGUCCGGUUAGGGCACUCUCUCGUGCCCUAUCACGAGCCCUAGCUACAGCGGCGACGUCACAAGCGCCGACGCCCUCGACUUUCCCCCUCAAGAACGUGACCAAGUCCAACUUCGAGCCCGCGCUCGAGUCCCUGAGGGAACAUGUCAGGGCGGCGGAUUACGUGGCGAUCGACCUCGAGAUGACCGGAGUCACGAGCGCCCCUUGGCGGGAGUCGUUCGAGUUCGACCGCUACGACGUCAGGUACUUGAAGGUCAAGGACUCGGCCGAGAAGUUCGCCGUCGUCCAGUUCGGCGUUUGUCCCUUCCGCUGGGAUCAUCAGGAGCUCCGCUUCAUCGCUCACCCGCACAAUUUCUAUAUUUUCCCUCGGCAAGAGUUGUCAUUUGAUGACCCAGCAGCUUAUGACUUCCUCUGCCAGACUGCCUCAGUCGACUUCUUGGCUAAAUACCAGUUCGAUUUCAACAUGUGCAUACGGGAAGGAAUAUCUUAUUUAUCCAGAGAACGAGAAAAUGAGCUGCUGAGACGUCUGGAGGAGUCAUCGCGUUUCCGGCAUAAACAUAAGGAAUUCAGAGAUGUACCUUUGAUCAGGAUGGCAGAUGUUCUCUUCAGUGAGAGAAUAAAGAGCCGAAUGAAGGAAUGGCAUGAAAAGUUGUUACAUGACAGAAAUUGCGAACUACAGUUCAAUGAGAGCACAAAUGACUCUAAACAGCAGCUUCAAACCACUUUUUAUAGAACGCGCCCUGCUCUUGCUCUUAGUGGGUUCACUCCUCAUCAGCUCAGGUUGAUUCGGCAGGUUACGAGAAAUCAUUUUGAAGACAUUGUAUAUGUUUGUGUGAAUGUUCAAAAAUCUUGUGUCCAACCGUUGCUUGUGUAUACGGACUGCAACACCGACAAGGACCUUCUACUGAAAGAGGUGGAGGAUGAGAAUCGCAGAGGAGAAGAGUUAAAGAUUCAUUCGGCAGUUGGAUUUCGUCAUGUUAUUGACCUUUUAUCUUCUGAGCAGAAAUUGAUUGUUGGUCAUAAUUGCUUUCUUGAUGUUGCCCAUAUAUAUAGGAAGUUCUUUGGUCAGCUUCCCUUCGCUGCCGAAGAGUUCGUCUCUUCUGCUAACAAGCACCUGCCAUAUAUAAUUGACACCAAAGUUCUUUUGAAUUCAAGUGACAUACUUAAGUACUGGAUGAGGAAGUCAAAAACAUCUCUGUCCUCAGCAUUUGCCAGAUUGUGCCCUGAAAUUGCUCUAGGUUACGUGAGUACCGAUUUGGCUUCAAAGGCUUGUGUGAAAGUGGAGGUUCAAGUAGAUGAUGUGAGGGCCUCCAGCUGGAAUGCCGGGGCCAAGCAUGAGGCAGGGUAUGAUGCUUUCAUGACUGGUUGUGUCUUUGCCCAGACAUGCUCUCAUCUCGGCAUUAAGUUCCAUCCUCGUUCUUCUUCUGAAAUUUUGGCGCGUGAUGAAAUGCUUGAGAAAUAUGUCAAUCGUCUGUUUCUCAGUUGGAACAACCUAGACAUUAUUAACUUAAGCACUGGUAGGGUGACUGGGAAUUCUGUUGGGUCAACUUACUGCAAGAACCAAUACUCGAAGAUUUUGUUUGAGAACAUUGUUUUGAUUUGGGGAUUCCCACACAAACUCAGGGCAAGGGAGAUAAAGGAGUGCAUCUCCAAAGUUUUUGGCCUAACCUCUGUUACUUCUGUCUACGCUUUGGAUAAAACUACUGUUUUCGUUCAAUUCAAGGAGGCACAGUUGGUUUCUGAUUUUCUGGUUUUGAAAGAAACUUUAGAGAGAAAUGAUGAUCCAAUCUCCGUUCUGAACCCUUUAUGGAGUCUGUUGGAGGGAGGAAACACUUGUGCGGCUGAUUAUGAGACCUACAAAGAAAUUUGCAGCUCCCCUGUAUCUAAGGCCUAUUUUUCAGAUCAGGCGAGGGCAGUUGGGAUAAAGUGGAAGACCAGAUUGCUCAACUCCAAAGUGCCGGGGCAGGAGGGGAUCCGAAAACAAGGUGCCUCAAAUUUGAGCCUAGAAAAUGCAGCGGAUUCUGUUUUGGAUAAAACCAACAUGAAGAGCAAUAAGAGCGCAUCAGACGAUAUGAACCGCCGGCGUUUCUCAUGCGGGGAGAUCCUUGAUUCUCUUUGCGCCCAUGAAGUCGAGCGGGUUAGGACUUACUAAUUCCUGAUCAAGCAGAGGGUUGUGAAGACUCGAAGUUUCAAUUCUUUCUGCACCAACUUGAAAUUUUGCUUUUCCAUACUAAUUAUCUUGUUGUAAUACAGAUCUGAGCCCUUCCGUUCAAGGUCAAGGGCAUUAGUUCUUCUGUUUUGAUCAUUAUCAUUGCGCAGCGAUCAUCUGUGAGAAUGUAGGGAAAGAAAUCGAAGCCCCUAUUGUCGAAGGGAGGAUCAGGAGCUCCUCACUUCUGAGUUAUACUUCUUAAAAUCAGAAUUUCGCAGUCUCAUGAGUCCUGUAUGUAAUUCCAUUUUGCAAUAUCUCACCUUCAGCUAAACUUCAGCAAAAAUUCGGCAGAAAGAGUGAAAGUAUGUGUUAUGGCAAGAUGUUCUUGGGAAAUUCCUAGGUUGUCAUGGGUUGUUUAUGGGAAGAAAUUACGAUGUUGUUUGACCAAAUAUGAUGAGAACCCGCAAUGCUGCUCUAUUUCUCGAUGGUUGAGUCCAAAGAUUAAAAUCCCAGGAAAUUAAUUGAUUCCAUUCUCUAUAUUCGAAGGGUGGGACCCAUCUGCUCAUUGAGCAGCCAACGACUCAGAGUAUGACCUCAGCUUUGACUGUUCCAAAUCGCCCCCCGAUUUUCACUCUAUGGAGCCCACGUGUCACGAUCGACGGCCACGAUCGAGGCAAUCCCCCUCUCCCCGGUCUUCGUCCCGAGUGAGGCGAGGCGGCAACAACACAUCAUCAGGUGUACUAUUCAGGACCAACCAGCAAUGGCCGGUCACCUCUCAUCCUCACGCCAGGCGCGCAUCUGGUUCCGCCAUUUAUGACCUGCUCCUCCCAACUGGGUCGUCGUCGCUCGGCCAUGCACGUUCCAGUGCGGGGCCUCAAAUGGAAAACCCAGUAAAUGAGACAGCGAAAGGGGUUGGUUCGUGUUUGGCAGAAUCUCCGCUGGUCAGAAACCUCCAAGGAGAGAGAGCAUGAGGAAUCGUCAGAGGCUUUGGAGAAGGGCCAGCUCUCACUCCCUACAGCCGGUCGCCGUCCCCCUCCACCGGCCGUAGCCUGUGGGCGAGCGUCUUAUUAAAGGCGCGGUCAUCUUGUGCACUGUUCCAUCGGUGCUUAGCGAGUCCCCACCUCGUAGUGUUGAACUGUCCUUUGCAUACCAUUUCUCUGAUCCGCCUUUGUUUCCUUUUCUUUCUACGAAUUGGUUUGUACCCUUUUGAGCAAUUUGCCUGGAGAUGAAGAAAAGGGUUUACUUUUUUGCUUCUCUCUCUCUCUCUCUCUCUCUCUCUCCCCUUCAAACACAGUAGAAAUGUCCUCGCGUUCAGCAAGAUUUCUGAGUACGAGAGCUUUGCGAAGUUAUCAGAGCGCAGGCAAGCAUGACACAUCCACCAACGUGUUGGACUUAGAAGAUGAAGGGUAGUGUGCAAGUGUUGACAGAAGAGAGAGAGCACAACCCUCCAUUGGCUAAAAGGUCUUAGCUCUUGCUGGAAGUGUGCUCUCUCUUCUUCUGUCACCACCACCAUCUCCACCGCAGCCCGUCAUCAUCGUCAUGACACACGUAAAAUCUGGUGAUGUAGGAAACUUCUGAACCUCAUAGUCUUGUGGACUUAAAGUAAAAGACUUUCUCAGCCAUCUAUAGCUGCAUAACUCUGUUGCUUUUCAGCCCAAAAA